GAGCGUCCAUUCACCGGCAGUGGUACACUCAGUAGACGCGAUAUCACACACGACACCGAAAAAAUUACGUAAAUAUUACAACACUCGAAUUGAUUAACGCCGUGUGACCACACGCUACUUUGACUCCCAGCUAACUAAAUCCACGUUUUGUGCUGCAAGUGUUUUCUCUUGUGAUAUUUUGACUUUGUGGUCUGACUGUGUUUUUUUUGUGUUCUUCUACUUUAUUUAAAUUGGAUUGUUGCAGGUGCUAUAAAUGUGAAUAUGAAUUAAGAACGUGCCAACAUGUUAUCAAAAAACCCAAAGACUUUAUUAAAUUUUUAAAAUAUUUCGGUGACUUUGAGAUCGUAUUAAUGUUACGGUGAAAAAAAGAAAUAUACGAUGGGGCGGUGGCGAUGGAGAUUCGCAAUCGCUACAAUCCUGUUACUCAUCAUAAAGGAUGGACAGUGUCAAGAUGAAAAUGACUACUACUAUACACCGGAGAGAAACUUUGCACAAGUUCAACCACCCAUCUUUCCUAAUAGCCGUCCUUCUACAUUCUUUGAACACGAGAGCUUCAGAAUAGCGCCAACGGCACAACAAAAUAAUUUUAAUGAGGGUCGCGUACGAUUUCCGACCCCCAACUAUAACCAAAACCCUUCUCCAUUUCAAUUGCCAACGGGACGAAGUCAGUCCGGCACGCAGUAUUAUGUAAAUCAACCCGAAUUUCCACCGAAUCAACGACAGAGGUUUAGACCGGCUCUGCCUUAUAACUUUCAAUUAGUUCAUCCAGCGUCAACAAAACGACCUGAUACUUCACAAAUUCAUUCAGUUGCGUAUCAAAAUGAUCCCUCUAAACCUGAAACGUUCUUGGGGCAAAUAACUAUAAAUAAUCCAGAUAUUGAAAUCUUGCAAAACAAUAGAUUUAAGAACAUUCCUUUUGAUGGUAACAGUUUAAAAAGUAAUGGACAGAGUGGUCAUAUUUUACAUGGAGAUGACAUUGAUAACGACGAUGAAGACAUUUUUGAUCGUCAUAAAGUGACUACUUACAAUCCGACUAAGCUGGGAGGAAGGCAAGUAAUACUUAAACCUAGUUCCUCCAGAUUUUCAAACUUAAAUAAACCUGAAACUGAUUUCAAGCCUGUAUUGUCAGUGCCGUUGACACGGUACGACACAAAUAAUUUGAAAAAUGAAAAGGCAGUGGUCAAUUCAUAUAAUGGUCCUUCUACAGAAUACAAAUCAUUACUAGAUAUUGAACCUCUUUUAGAAGAUGACAUAAGUGAUAUAAGUUCGUUUAGGGAGUUGAUGAAAAAUACAGAUUCUUUUGAUGUUGAAGUUAUAAAAUCGAAUAACAGCAAAGCUAAUGAUGACAGCAAACCUGACUCGACUUCCAUGCAUUCAGAUAAUAUUCCGAAAGUGUCAUCUUUAAUGACAAUUACAAUCCCAUCCAAUAAAACAAAAGUGCAACCUCAAGAAAUACCGUCUUCCAGUGAAAGUACAUAUGAUAAUAACGAAGAUGACCUGAAAGAUGGCGACUCAGAAAAUACUGAAGCAGAGUAUGAAUACUAUGAAGACGAAGAAAUUUCAGACACAAAUCAUACAACUCAAAGACCCGUUUCUGUACCGAGUACAUCGAGAGAAACAAUAACCGAUAUAUAUGAUGAGUACGACUCAACUGAAGAAGAUGAUAAAUCACAUGAAAUUAAAAUAAAUACUACAAAAUCAUUUGAUGUUCUCGAUAUGAAACCUAAUAAAACGAUGGUAAAAGAUGACAAUUUUAAACAAUUCAAAGACACAACCGAAAUAGAUCAAUCUGAUUCACGCGACGACACAACAGCCCCAAGUCUUAAGUUAACAUUUUCGAAUGAAGACUUUUCUUCUAUUGAACCACCUUCUAUUUUAGGACAAGAAGUUGUUUCUGUGGUUACUACAAAGAGUGUUGUUAAUGGAACCAUCUCAAUACCUGACGUGACCUAUCCACCUACUUCAAAAGCAACUACACUUAAGUCAGCAGGUAGCGUAGCUGAUGAAUUUAAUAAUGAUACUGCAAUUACAACAGAAAGCUGGAUUGUAGUAGCCUCUGUUCAGACCAGUCGUAGUGUUUCAGGAGCCCGGUUUUUACCAUUCCCUACAGUAGAGCAAGAAGAAAAGAAACAAGUUAUUGAAGAGGAUCAAAGUGAAGAAGACACAGUCACUGAAAAUCCUAAGUUAGAAUCUAUAAAUAGUUCAUCUUCAACGGAGAAUAUUAAUGACAAACUUGAUAGCAUUCAGUCAGAAUUAUCUAGUGCUGUGUUAUCAGGUGAAUUGGAUAAUGACAACAAAAAUAUCGAAUUAAUAAAAGAAACUACAUCUGAAUCGACGACAUCUUCUACUACUACUACAACUACGACGGCGUCCCCAGUGAACGUAUUCACAUUAAAGAGCACUCAAUACACGCCAAUAACGGAGAGAUCAUCUCCCGAACCUCUACCAGUUCUAAUUAAAAAAUUCACUCCACGAAUUUCUUCCUCAACAACACCAAAGCCUAAGAAAAAACCGUCGUUCGUCACUAUUAUGGACGAUCUCUCUGGACUUCUGCCACCUGGUUUUAAAACAAGACACUCAUACAAAGACAAACGCAUUACUAAUACAGCGACAACUACCACCACUACCCAAAGAACAACCACAAAAAAUGUAGUGGAUUCUACGGAAAAAUCAAUUAUUAAUGGUACACAAGGUCGGUCGUCUGGAAUAAGUUCCAAAAACAAAGUAAUUAUUUUAGAUGAUAAAUCUUUACUGCCUAAGGAAUAUAAACCAAAAGAAAGAGCACAUGAAGAUCUAUUGAAGAAACUUCCAAAAGAUGAUCUUAGUCAAUUAUUACCUCCUGGUUAUAAACCACCCGUGAGUGAUACAACGAAACCGGAUAUUUUAGCAAAUGUUGAGAAGGUAGACAUCACUGCUUUAUUACCGAAAGGUUUUAAGCUCAACACAACUUCUCCAGUAGCAACUACCACCGAAAAACCUAAAAGUAAAAUAACAAUUCCUCUUAACGCUGCUCCAAUCGAUUUAACUGCACUUCUUCCGCCUGGAUUUAAAUUAAACACAAGCGAAAAGGAUAUAGAACCACUAAAAAAAGUUGUUCUUGCGGAUAUUUCUAAUUUGCUUCCACCGGGCUUUAACUUAAAUAAUUCGGAGGAAUCACCAGAACCCCAAACGACAAAGGCCCCUGGAAGUUUCAAACUUGUAUUUCCUUCAAGACCUGGAGGAAAGAAUUCUAGGAAGUCAACAACGCAAAAAAGUAGCAUAGGUCCACCGGCGGUCACACCUAAGAUCCAGAAAGGCUGGCCUACGAGGGCAUCUACUGAGUUCACUGGUUGGCCAUCACCAUCUACAACGCCCUUCUCAAUCGAACGUCUUCUGGAAAUGCAAAGGAAUGCUACCUCAACUAGUCCCUUACCGGAGAUAAGUACAGAGACUACAACGAAACGUUUUAUUUCGACUACUACGACCACCCAAGCGCCCCCUCCCCCCACUACUCCCGGUGUAUGUCGACAGGAAUGUGACAUCGCUGCAACUAUUAAAAUUGUAGCAGGAGUCAAAUGGGUACCCGAAUUUUUAGAUCAACAUACAAUAGAAUGGAAGAAUUUAGCUAAAGAAGUAAAAGAGGAGCUUAAUUCCGUCUACUCGAAGUCCGAUUUACUGAGAAAAUGGUUCAAAGGAAUUCGUAUAGACGGUUUCAGUCAAGGCUCCGUCCUAGUCGACUACUUCAUCGAACUAAACCACGUGGAAGAGAAGGUUGACACAGUGCAACUAAAGAGGCUCUUCCACAAAUCCCUUCACGAAGCGAAGUCUGGCUCUGUUAUGGAAACUGAAGAAACAGAGUUUGACCCUGAUUCGAUGCAAGGAGACCAACCCGAUGAAGAUAGGUUGCGCAAGAGUGACAAGCAAAUGACAAAGACGAUUGAUAAGUCCGCUGGGAAACUCGAAAUCGGAAAGUUCGUGAUGGAUCCCGCUUACACAGAAUUUAUUGUGUUGCCUAAACGAGGAGAACCAACGAUUGUUGCACCAGAUGAGGAAUCUUUGUUGCCUCAAUGGGGAAUAGCGGUUAUUGUGAUAGCCAUGGCCUCACUUCUCUUUGUAGUAAUUUUUGGCGUCACUGUCCUUGUAAAUCGCCAAAAAAGUACGAAAACGAAGCAACCUAUUCCACUCAGUGAAGACAUGCUACGAGAACUGGACAAAAGUCACAUGGGUGGUUUUGACGACGUGCACCAAUUGAAAGAGAGAGACCUGCCUUAUCUUCCGUCUGGAAAGCGCAUGUCUACAGCUUUCAUAGAGCAACUAGCGUACCCGAACCCUGGAGACUCAUGGCGAUCAGAGUGGACGCCACAAGCGCAGAAGUAUAUGCAACACUACACUGCUGAUUCAGGGAGAGGAUCGCAACUGUAUGGAGCUGCCGGAAACGGAUAUGGAUACGGUGGUUCCCAGACCUAUGGACAGACCGGGGGCGGUUCUCAAGUGUACGGUUACACCGGGGAGUAUCCUCGAUCACAUUAUUCGAGACGUCGCUCCGAAUACGAUAGUAACUUCUAGAAAUUUCUAAUUCAAAAAAACUCUUCUGACAAUAUCACCUUAAACCUCAAGACCUAG